AUGGCAGACGAACACCCAAUCUUCGAAGGCGGUCCUGGGGAAGACCCGCAAGAGGAUGUCGAUGAUGUUAAGUUCUACCGGUACGCAGCCGAGAAGAAGGCAGCUGGUGAUGGUGACUGCGUCCCCAGAAGAGAUGGCGGACGGGCGAUCGGGUAG